AUGGCACAACAAAAGAAAACUACAGUACCGGGAAUCGUCCAGCCUCCGAGUUUAACUCAGAAAGCUCUCGUCAAAACUUCCAAAACUAUUUUAGUGGAUACCCGUUACAGACUUGGUAAAAAAAUCGGAAAAGGAAAUUUUGGGGAGGUUCGAAUUGGAAAAGACAUAAGAAAUAACGAAGACGUUGCCAUAAAAACAGAAGCUAUAACGGCAAAAAUACCACAACUCGUGUUUGAAUAUAACAUUUAUAGACAGUUGGGAGCAACGGAUAGAACGCAUAAUAUGAAAGGCAUACCAAAAGUUUACUGUUACAAAUUAGCCGGAACACAAUACAAUGCUUUGGUCAUGGAAUUACUGGGUCCAUCUUUGGAAGAUUUGUUUAACGUCUGUAAAAGGAAAUUCACUUUGAAAACUAUUCUAAUGAUUGCUAUACACACAUUGCACAGGAUAGAAACCGUGCACGAAAGAGGAAUAGUGUACAGAGAUAUCAAGCCCGAAAAUUUUGUCGUUGGCAGGAAUCUACUGAAAAAAGAUAAUACCAUCUAUAUAAUAGAUUUUGGAUUGGCAAAAGAGUAUAUCGAUCAUAAAACGAAAAAGCAUAUACCUUACAGAGAGAAAAAAAAUCUGACUGGUACAGCUAGAUACAUGAGUAUAAACACUCAUCUCGGAAAAGAGCAAAGCCGUCGUGACGAUUUGGAGUCCUUGGGUCAUAUGUACAUGUACUUGGCACGAGGCUCUUUGCCUUGGCAAGGGCUUAAAGUACAAAAUGCAAAGGAGCGAUUUCAGAAAAUUGGCGAAAUGAAAAAAAAUACACCAAUUGAUACCCUUUGCGAGGGUUACCCUGAAAUGGCAGAAUACAUGCAAUACGUCAGACAUCUUGAAUUUUACGAAGAACCCAAUUAUAGACUUCUCCGACAUAUUUUUACCACCGCCCUUCAUAAAAACGGAUUUGAAGACGAUCAAAUAUUCGAUUGGAUUGACAAAUAAAAAUGGUGCUACUAACUUAUUUCUUUUUUAUAUAAGCAAUGAAAAAAAUAUCGUAAAUCAUUUUAAUUGUAAGCCCUAUCAUUUUUCAAACAAAAAUUAAAUUAUCACAAGCAUAAUAAUAUUAUACAACUAUAAUAUUUUUAUUAUUUUACUUGCAAUAUUUGUGUGGAGAGAAGAAUCUACCUGUAAACUGCAAAAAUUACUAAUGCUAUACAAUGCAAUAAUUUAAUUCAAUCUGUAGACGAUAAAUAUAAAAUAUAAUUUAUACAUUCAUGAAAAUGUUUGUAAUGUAUUUUCCUUCAAGAAAAUCACCUAAC